CCCAAAUACUGCACAAAGUGUACAAAGUCCCUAUAAUCUUUGGUGUGCAUUAGCUGGACUGAAUGGGAUAAAAAGUUAAGUAUGAAGAUCUUAAAUAGUUAAGCUUUAAGAUAUUAGAUUUGAGCUAAAUAAAGAAAAUCUUUGAGUUUAUUGAUGGUUAUUAACGUAACAAAAUGUACGCUUGGAAAAGAGAUUUGGACAUUUUGGUGAAGUGUAAAACUUGCAUGACUAGCAAAUAGCUGCUCCUCCAAGCCGCUGAGUGAACUGAUGUGCCCUUAAGGGACUUAAUCUUACUUUCAACUUUAAGGGUACAAAAAAAAACAAUAGUACCAUUCACGAGACCCUACCUGUGUUGCACUAAUCAGAUCUAAACCGUUAAAUCAAACAGAAACUCAGAAAACUGGGUCAUUCCACAACAAAUACCAGGCAAUGAGUUUACAGGCCGCUUAGAUUUUUGCUCUAUUGUUUUUAUACACCAGAAAAAUAACUGAAGUAAAUGUAUAAUAAUAAUAAUAUAUAAUAUACUAGUAAUAAUGCCUAACAUGUCAUGUAUCUAUCAAUUUUACUUGUAGUCUUCAGUAAUUAUAAACUGCCUUGUGACAAAUGUUUUCAGACAGCAGACCUCUAGAGCAGAUACGUUUUUACAGCUAAACAAACACUGGCUGCUUUUUCAGUUGGAUGGUCAGCUCUGCUCAGACCCUGAUUGGUAGAAUGAACACAGAAAGGAUCCAUUGAGUGUAACCAGAGGAAUUUAGGGUGCUCAUGCGACUCUGGUAAACAUCUGACCUCUCACUCGGUUCCUCCUCUCCCGCUACCUUUCUAUUUCUCCCUUCUCUGCGUGUAUUUUAAGGUUUAACAGAGUAAACUAAAGGUUGCUGUGAAUAUUCUCCGCCAUGAAGUGGAGGGUGGUGCUAAUUGCUCUUCUUCUUUCUUUUUUGAUCGUUCAGUUUGGUAUGUGCCAAAAGGUUAAACCUGACCAAAAGAUCAAAGCCGAGAAGAGACCAAGUGGCAAAUCCAAAUCUGGGAAGGGAUCAGAAAAGACUGCUUCCAAACCUAAAGUGAAAACCGCCCCUGAGAGCCCUAAAGAAGCUCAGACGUACCUCACUCAGGUGGUCAACAAGGGAAGGUUCCAGAAAUUGGGGGACACACUGACUGUCCAAGCAGGUGAUACGUUAGAGCUGAGGUGUAAAGGGAAUCCUGUCCAGUGGGCUGUUCCCACAUAUCUGGAAGAGGAUCAUGAAGGACGACUCAGGACAGUUCAGCAUGAACGUUAUGGUACACUAAUUUUGGCGAAUGCAACGGUGGCAGAUACGGGGGAGUUCACCUGCUAUCCUAUGUACUGUGAGGAUCAAGACUGCAGAAAACAGUAUGACAGAGGGGUCAAAGUCUUCAUCUUUUUCUCAGACCCUCAGGAGCUGUUCGUACCUUCCGCUGACUAUUACAAGGUCAUUCAGCUUCGCACAAACUGGCCCACUGUCCUGCCCUGUCAGGUGACUUCUCCACACGCAAAGGUGACUUUACACCAGGAAUUUCCUCCAAUGGAGGUGAAGGUGGAUGGACGAGAAAUCUCCUUUGACGUCAAGAAGGGUUUCAUCAUCCACAGACCGAAGCAGUAUCACGCUGGAUCUCUGCACUGCGUAGCAAGCCUGGGGAACCUUCGCCAGAGCUCAACCACAUACAUGCUCGUCUACGUCAACUAUCCAGCCGCUCCUCCGUCUCCUGUGAUCCAGGCCUCCGUCGACACUGUGGCGGUGGGAGAGAAUCUCCAGGUGAAAUGCAUUGUGAUAGGAGAGCAGGACGUGCGGGUGGACUUUACCUGGGAAUAUCCAGGACAAAAGAUUGGGCGACCGCCUCACACCGAGGACAGUUUGCAGACGGUGCAGGUAGAUGGACAUAUCCGACAGCGAACUCAGAACACACUGCUGGUGGACGAGGUCAGAGAGAUCGACCAAGGGACGUACACCUGCACAGCUCAAAACCUAGAGGGCUCGAGGUCCGCGUCGACCACGGUCAAAGUGCGGUCAGCACAAACCACCACCAGAAACCUUCAAGUCCCUCAAAGAAAUCCUACAGAAACCUGAAACACCUAGAGCGUGGCAGUCGGAUAUGCCGUACUAAAUGGCUGAAAAAUAACCUGAGUGAUCCUCACAAAACACUGUAUUUUUCCUUUUAGGAAACUUGUAGAUCCCAUAGUAUGUGCUUUGUAUUGUUUCAUUGACCUUGAGGCAAGAAAGCAAAGAGGAUUGUAUGAAUGUCAUUUGAACACAGACAAAAUUAAAAUAUGACAAUCAAACACGCAAUGUUAGGAAUACUGUAUAAAUGGAUAAUCAAAAAAAGGAAGAGGGGUUCAUUUGAGCAUGUUUACACACUACUAAUAUUGUGCACA